AUGGAGCACUACAAACCUCAUUCUGGCUCGACGUUCGAGGGUUACUACUCCAAGUUCCGAUUGCCAUCUGGCGCACAUCUGGCAUUGAUCGUCUGUACAGUGCCGCAGGCUAAAGAGCGACCUCACAACAUCACUUUCACUUACGUACCGGAAGGAGAUGUGACCAAAUGUUUUCAACGCGAGGUCUUUGUCGAUGAUCUGAAGAUGUUCAACGGAGAGGGCGACAUAGCGUUUGAGCAACAUUGGAAGGGAGGCUAUGUCAAGGUCCACAACGAUUCAACGACUGAGUAUUGCAUUGAUCAUCUCGAGGACGAGGGCUUCAGCUUCAAAGGAACGACGACUAGCCAUACACCUUGGAUGCCCGACAUGGAUACGCCAGAAGGUGCACUCGUCUACCUCCCUCUACCUCUACAUUGGCAUGUGCACUCCGUUGCUUCAGACUGCGAGUUCGAGAUGAAGAUCAACAACUACGAGCUGCCGGAAGAAGACAAGAAGGGCGUCGCAUCUGUUCACCAAGAAAAGAACUGGGCCAACAGUUUCCCUUCAGCUCACCAUUGGGUCCAAGCCCGCGACGGCGACCGCGGUAUUUGCAUCGCUGGAGGUGAGAUUCUUGGUAUGGAAGCAUACCUUCUGGGAUACCACGCUAGCGACCCCAAGUACAACAUGACCUUCCGCCCUCCCUUCGCAGUAAAAGCUGCUGGUAUCGCUCCAUUCAUGAGCGUCGAACACAGCUGGGAUACGCGCACUUUCGAGCUGAGCAUUCAAAGCUUCACGCAGAAGAUUGUCGUCUCAGCUCGAGCACCCAUUGGCCAAUUCUUCACAUUGAGCUCACCGUUCCCGGACGGUCAUCGUCUCAACUUUUUGGCUGAGAGUUUCCGUGCCACUAUCAAUGUCAAGGUGUACCAUGCUGGUGUGCUAGGUCCUUGGGAGUUCGUACAUGAGGACAACUUUGAGAAUGGCAGUCUUGAGUUUGGUGCUGGAUACUACCCUCCUGCCGGUAAGGAGGAACGCUUUUACUGA